UGCCGGCAAGAAGCUGCAAUAUGCACUCACGUGCGCGCGGAUGCUCGCUGAGAACAAGGCGUCGGAGCUGCAGCGCAAGCAGCUGCAAAAGCCAGCGCCGGGGGUGCCCCGCUGCAAGAGCGCAGCGCCGGCGCGAAGCAACCAGCGCGAAAUUGUCACACGCACUCGUGCCUUUGAGCCCUUUGCGCCUCGGACGCUACGGAUCGGCGAGCUCCAGCACGCACUGGAGGACAUUGUACUGGCCACCGACGCCGCCAGCGUGCGGGUCGAGGGCCUCGGCGGCUACGAGUUGGGGCCUGUCAUUGGCUCGGGGACAUUCGGCAAGGUACGACUGGCGACGCACAAGGCGUCCAACCAAGUCGUCGCGAUCAAGUCAUACGAGCGCAGCCGCGCCCGGGAUGCGCACCAAUGGAAGCGGAUUCAGUACGAAGCGCGUGUGAUGGAGCGCCUCGAUCAUCCAUGCAUCAUUCGGCUCUUUGAAGCGAUUGAAGAUCCGUCGACAUUGCACUUGGUCAUGGAGCAUGUGCCGAGCGACGUGACCAGUUUGUGCGAGUACGUCAAGCAGCAGCGUCGACUGAUCGAGGCCGAUGCGGGGCCGCUCUUUGCCCAAGUGCUCUCGGCGCUCGUGUACAUGCACGACCGGCACUGGGUCCAUCGCGACGUCAAGCUCGAGAAUGUCCUUCUGGACAAGCACGGGCUCGUCAAGCUCGUCGACUUUGGCUUCUCGGCGCUCCAGACCGCCAAGCCGUUCCAGACGUUUUGUGGCACGCCGUGCUACAUGGCGCCCGAGAUCGUCCUACGCAAGAGCUACUGGGGCCCGCCCGUCGACGUCUGGAGCCUCGGCAUCCUCCUCUAUGCGAUGUUAGCGGGCUUCUUCCCGUUCCGCGCGCGCAACUACAAUGAUCUAUACCGCAAGAUUCUGCGCGGCGUCUACGAGAUGCCGUCGAUGCUGAGUGCCGACGCCCAAGAGCUGCUCCGGGGCAUGCUCGACGCCGAUCCCACCAAGCGUCUCACGAUCAUGGACGUUCGCGCGCACCCGUGGGUGCGUCGGUUUGCGUCGCCUUUGCAGCGCCCGCCGGCGCCGUUGUACCGGCAAAUCAGUCUUGGCACGUUGCCUCCAGUGCUCUACCGAGAGCUGCGCACGAGUGUGCUCGAUGCGAUAGCGGCGCUGGGGCUCUCGCGCCUUGACGCCGAGGCGACCCUGCGCGAGAAGCGCCACAACAGCCUCUCGACGCUGUACUAUUUGCUGCUCAAGCGCGCCGAGUCUCUCUGCUACGCGCGCGAGACACCGCCGCUGGUCCAUCCACGCCCAGUGGCGUCGCAGGAGGAAUGCCACAGCCUCGCGUCGCGGCAUGUGCUCAUUGAGAGCCUCCAGGAGAGUGACAAUUGUGAGAAGGACACCAACGAUUUAGACCGAACGAUGUCUCUUGCGCCAGGCUCGCCCCCCGAGUGCGAUGAACAGCUCGCCCACGACGACGACAUGCGCGACGUGCUAGCCAUCCUCAAGCAGACCGAGCUGCAUCGCCGCUAAGAUCAUAUCGAAGCAUAAAAUACUAAAACUACAUUCG